AUGAAUAUUGACAUACCGAAUCUGGUCAAGGCCGCCGUGCCGGAAUCUGAAGGACGCAAUGCACGCAUCGUCUCAGACAACCUUACCGGCUCCAACCACAGAGAUCCCAACUUUCUGUCCCGGAACUUCCCUCGCGCGCGACCGAAGCUGUACGUAACUGCGGAAGAUGAGGACUUUGACCAAAUCACACUAAGUGAAUGGCGCGACGAGGGUUUCGAUGUCGAAUAUCUGCCGAUGGGAAACAGCGCGGACAAGUACCGGGGCAAGCUCCGAUCGUUGAGCAAGAAGAAACUGGGGCCCUGUGAGACUUUUGGAAUCAUUGCAUAUGGUGAUGCCGCAGCUGUCUGCCUGGAGCACUACCACGUCAUGGAUAACAACCCCGAGUUCAAGCUAGGGUUGCUCAUCGCAUACUACCCGACAGCCAUCCCAGAUCCUAAAGGACACUUUCCCAGCAGCAUAUCGGCUCUCGUUCAUCUUGCUGCCGGCGAGGAGAUUGGUAUUACGAAGCAAACCCAGAUGGUAGGGAUACAAGGCAGGCGGCGCACAACUCGCAAGAAAGUGGAAGCCGGCAUCGGCACGGGAGGGACUUUGCGGCUCGCAUACCCGACUUACACUUACGAAGCCGAGCCCGGUUUUGCCGAGCAUGACCUGGACGAAUUCAACAAAGUCCCGGCAGAAUUAGCGUGGAGCCGGAGCUUAGGCGCGGCGAGGAAAGCGUUCAACAACCACGUUGACUUGGAAGUGGUGUUGGACGAAAAUGUCCAGGGCAAAUUCUUUACUCGAAACCUGAGCCAAACCAUGUCAACGUACACGACACACAAGAGCCCGCACGUCACUCAUAUGCCGACCCUGACAGGAGGCAUUGGAGCAUCAGAACUCGAGCGCUUCUACUCACAGUUCUUCAGCAACCCCCGGUCAAUGAAACUAACUCUGAUUUCCCGCACCACUGGGACCGAUCGAGUAGUCGAUGAGGUCCACGUCCGCUUCAAGCACACCGAGGAGAUGCCGUGGAUCUUGCCCGGAGUCCCAGCAACGAACAAGCGGGUCGAAGUGCUCGUAGUCAGUAUCGUCGGGUUGAGAGGAGGCAAGCUUUACCACGAGCAUGUGUAUUGGGAUCAGGCCAGUGUUCUCGUUCAGAUUGGCUUGUUGGACCCGAAGCUGGUACCCGACGCGGCACGUAAGAACGGAGUGCAGAGGCUACCGGUCGUCGGAAGAGAGGCGGCGAGAAGGGUCCUGAAAGGGUGGAAUCCGGACGAGGAGGGAGAAGCCGACAACGGACUGAUACCGGGUUGGAAUGAGGAUGAAGAGGGAGAUGAGCGGGAUGAAGAGGGGGUAGUCGAGAACAGUGAAGCAUCCAAGAAGAAGGAUUCGGACAACAAGAGUAUGCCUGAGAGGCCAAAGCCUGAAACGAAAGACUCUGACGGCAAGUGA